GUGUGAUCUGCGAGAGUCUGUACGAGGUCGAACCCGGGCCCAGUGCCAGACCCCAGAUGCGCGCGCUGGCCUGCAGUUCCGCCCCUCCCACACGCGAGGGCGCUGUGACGCCGCGUGCUGAGAAUUCACCGUGUAGUUCUCUGGUCUUGGAGACCAACACAAACAUCUGUUGUCAAACGUUGCUAAGGAAGCAACAGUAGCCACUCCGACACCAAACCAAACACACGAGUGCACGAGAGACAACUUCACGUCGACGUGUUGUAGCAACACAACAAGGUGCAGGCUUGACGAGUUUCUCUGCGGCGGGUGUGAGACACACGUGUAAUAACGAUACAACGAAGCAGUCAUUCAGAUAUCAGUAAGAAAGGGGAUUCAUUCAGCAGAUAAACAAAGUGAGUGUUUGUGACUGAGCUAUGAGAGUGCCUCAUCCCCCCGACCGCGGCUGCUCUGAGAAUGGAGAGCGUGGCGACCUCCAUCGUUACUGCGAGGCUCCCGACAAGGGAGAUCCGGUUUUCAACGACAGCGGGUCUCUCAAGGCCCCCUUGGUAGAUGUCAAGCCCUGCGAGGAACACGACGCCGCCCUCAGACUCACUGCUGGGGACAGAGAGGGGGAUGUCAUUCCGUACCAGCCUCGGCCACCUUUGCUACCCAGGCUGUCCAGGUCCAGCAGGAGUGGCUCGCUUGAGGAGGCUGUGAGAAGCAGGAGGCUCAGAAACAGCCAGGAGAGUCUGAGCGACCAGGCCGAGACAGGCUCCUCCACAGACUCGCUUAAAGAUGACCAGACGCGUCCGGCUCGGGGCGGGGUUGUCGUCGGCAGCGCCACCCCCGCCAGGAACUCCAGCCCGAGGCCCCUCUCUGCUGUCGCGGCACGAUCCCCGGUCUUCAGGGAGCGAGGGAGCAGUCUCUCCGAGUAUGAGAGGAGGCCUCGCAGCCAGCAGAGCGACCCCGCGGGCCGCCAGGUGCAGCCGGGCAAGGCGCGCCUGUCCCCGGUGCAACCCGCGGGGCCGCUGCCCGCACUGGAGAAGAGAUUUAUGUCAGCCACACUGAGGGCCGCUAAUAGGAUUGACAGGGAUUGCUUGGAUUACGCCGUGCUGGCCAGGGAGAAGCCUGUCGGGGAGAGGCUGCACAGGAACCUGAGCGACAGCCGGCUGCUGGAGAACAUGGGGUCGGACAGUUCCUGUGUCAACUCCAUGAGGUCCGCUUACAGCGUGCUCAGCCCCAUCAGAACUCAGGAUGUCAGGAGCAGGAGUUUCCUGGAGGGCAGCGUGAUGGGGAGUGGCGCCAUGCUCGGCGCCAUGGAGCUGGACCGCCACUUCCCCGACAGGAGAGUGGGCAUCUACAUCGCCACGUGGAACAUGCAGGGAGAACGGGGGCUGCCAGUCAACUUGGACGAUCUCCUCCUUCCAACCGACUCAGAAUUUGCACAAGACUUUUAUAUCAUCGGGGUUCAGGAGGGCUGUCCCGACAGGAGGGAGUGGGAAGCCCGUCUCCAGGAGACUCUGGGACCUUAUUACGUCAUGCUGUAUGCAGCAUCACAUGGCGUCUUGUAUCUCACCGUGUUCAUCCGGAGAGACCUCAUCUGGUUCUGCUCAGAAGUGGAGCACGCCACCGUCACGACCAGGAUCAUCUCGCAGAUCAAGACUAAGGGUGCCGUGGGAAUCGCCUUAACCUUUUUUGGAACGUCCUUCCUCUUCAUCACUUCCCAUUUCACCUCCGGAGACGCCAAAGUUUACGAGAGAGUACUCGAUUACAACAAGAUCAUCGAGGCUCUAUCUCUUCCAAAGGGCCUCCCGAACACCAAGCCUUACCACUCCACUACGUCUGACGUCACCACAAGAUUUGACCAGGUCUUCUGGUUCGGAGACUUUAACUUCCGACUGAGUAAGGACCGCGGAGACGUGGAGAGCAUCAUGAACAGCACCGUGGACGGAGACAUGGGUCCCCUGCUGGAGCACGACCAGCUCUCCAAGGAGAUGAAGGAUGGUUCAAUCUUUAAGGGCUUUCAGGAGGCACCGAUACACUUCUCCCCCACGUACAAAUUUGACAUCGGCUGCGACGUUUACGACACGACCUCCAAACAGAGAACGCCAUCAUACACGGACAGGAUCCUGUUCAGGAACAGGCAGGCCGACAACAUAAGAGUGGUCAAGUACACCAACUGCUCUAGCAUCAAGACGUCGGACCACCGGCCCGUCAUCGGCGUCUUCCACGUUAAACUGAGGCCAGGCAGAGACAAUAUUCCCCUGGGUGCGGGACAGUUCGACCGAGGCUUGUACCUGGAGGGCAUCGGGAGGAGGAUCACAAGGGACCUGAGGAGGAGGGAAGCCAUGAAGAGCGCAAGUAGCAGCACCAUCUGCGCCAUCUCUUAGACCCUUAAACGUGGACUCUCUGGAACGGAACGGACUGGACCGUAUCAAACUGUACCAGAAACGAGCAGAAAAGGACCAAAAGGGAAAAACCAUGAAUUGUCUUAAUUACACAGAACCCAGUGGUGGUUGUGGUAACUUGAGCGGAGUGCGCCCUCCGUUGGACAUUGUGGAGAACUACGUGCGUGCGUGUCCUGCUGGUCAAGGGAAGGGGCUGGCUGAACUUAAGGGCAGGGACCUUGAGGUCAAACAUGACUGGAACAGUGUGUGUGUGUGUGUGUGUGUGUGUGUGUGUGUGUGUGUGUGUGUGUGUGUGUGUGUGUGUGUGUGUGUGUGUGUGUGUGUGUGUGUGUGUGUGUGUGUGUGUGUGUGUGUGUGUGUGCGUGCGCGUGCGUGUGCGUGCGCGGUGUGUGCGGUGUGCUGCAGUGUGAACUGGUCUAACCUUGCAGGUUCACUGCAUAACCGCAUUUUCUAAUUGAUUGUUUUUCAGGUAUUUAAAAAGCCUCAUGAACCAGUGUUACAAUUUUUUUUCUUCUUGCCUUGUCACUUUUUCAUAAAAUAACAUCACACAGAGGUGCAGUAAAGAUUUAGGUGUCUGCCGUUAGUUGAUUUGUAGCGAGUAAGACAGUAUGAGAAAGGAGCUGUCGUCAAGUCCAAUAUAUACAUUACACUAAUUAAGCUAAGGGUUUUGUCCGAAGCGACUUACUGUAACAAAGUGCAUUCAAUGACCAAAAAAGUGCAUGAAACCGAAGAGCACAUGAACUUAUAUCAAAGCGUUGCACUAAUGAGCACCACAGUCGUGAGGUCGUUACAUGGUACUGUAAAAAAAAUUCAGGGAGAUCACGUGUGUGACAUGUUAUAUUUAGUAACUCACUUCCUGUAAAAAAAAAAGAUGGAGCAUUUAAUUUAUAUUGAUAACACCUGUCAAUAUUUUUUCCUCCUUUGCAGCAGAUUCUACCUUAUUGCCUUACCUCUCAUCUCCCUGCUGCAUAACCAUAUAUAUAUAUAUAUAUAUAUAUAUAUAUAUAUAUAUAUCUACUACAAAUUGUCCAUGUACUGUAUGUUACGUUAACUCAUUAAUGCACUAAAAAAGUGCCUGUGGGUCUUUAUUUCAUUUCCUCAGGACCAAAGCGCUUCUCUUUUUUGUCUUUUUUUUCAUGUUCACCUGUGAUGUCACAGCCUUUAAUAAACAUUUAUAAAACAUG